AUGACAAAAUUAACUAUAAUAUAUAACAAAAUUAAUCACAAUUUUAUUAAAAAUAAAAAAUGCAAAAUAAUUAUAUUGAUAUCUUUGAUUAUUUUAUUAUUUAUCAACAAUUUAAAAUCUUAAACUUGUUUAUAGGGUACUGAAACUAAUGUUGCUGGUGAAGAUAAUUCUCUAGGAGAUCUAGCAAACUGUGUUAACUGUAAACCCGAUUAUUAUUUUAAUGGUGAUAAUUUCAUACCUGGUGUUAGCGAAUGCGAAGAAUGUCCAAUUCCAAAAUUUGAAGAUGGAUAAGCCAAUGCAGGUGGUAUUUCUAGAUUAGCUGUUUAAUGUGACAUUAAUUGUCCUGAUGAUACUUAAACUGAAAAUGGUGAUACUGUUUAUGUAUCAUAAAAAGAAGAAUAUAGUUUUUGUUAAGCUGACUAUUUUUUCAUUAUCGAUGAAAUUGAUUUUUAACCAGGUGAAUCCGUUUGCUAUAAAUGUUCAAUAAAUAAAGCUUCUGGUUCUUAAGCAACUUUAGGUUCUGAAGCUUCAAUAGAAAAAUAAUGUAACGUUGUUUGCCCUACAGGAACAACAACUGAAAUAGGAGAUUCUAAUUAUUAAUAUCAUAAAAAUGAAUGUGUUUAUUGUAAUAGUAACUUUUAUUUUGAUUCGAAUAGCUUUUUAGCAGGUACUAGUACAUGCAAACCUUAUCCAGUAAAUAAAGUUGUUGGUGCUAUACAUACUUUAGGUUAAAAUGCUAAAAAAGAUGUAUAAUGUGAUGUUAAAUGUCCUGCUGGUACUGUAGUUAAGGAUGGAAAAACAACUUUUGAAAAUGAUAAAUCUGAAUGUGUUAAAUGUGCUCCUAAUUUUUAUACUGCAAAGCCUAAAAGUUGGGUAGCAGGUAUUGAUAAAUGUUCUCCUUGUCCUAAUAUAUUAAUUUAAGGUGCUUAAGCAAAUUAUCCUGCUUCUGCUACUUAAUGCAGAGUUGUUUUUUCAUAAUUUUUGAAAUUUUCCUUAUUAUUUAUUUAUUUUUAUUUUAUAUGA